UAGAAUUGAGUUUUGAAAGGUGUAUGUAUAGACCAUACUUAUCCACCUUUCAAUUUUUAAAGUAACUCUUUACAUCUUUCUUUUUUCCUUUCCCAGGUUGGAAACAACUGUUUUCUGGCUGGAAAGCUGGUGAGAACUUUGAUUUAAGAUCAACUUUUUAACCCGAUGAUAAAUUCAAACCCAUCAAGAUAUUCUGCUGAACCUAACCCUUCCCAUUACUAUUAGCUUUAUAACAACAGAAUUGCAUGAAUUUUUGCUUGGCACCUGUUUAAGCUAGAACUGAAAGAAGAAUCAGCUCUGUGUCUCAAGAGAACUUGUUCUAUUUAACCACAGAAAAAUUUGGGGGUAUCAUUUGUCAAACUUGUACAACCCUGAACAAUGCACAGGGAACCACCCAUAUGGAAAUAAUUGUGUGUAUAACUUAAGAUGUGAUCUUUGUUUGGUUUCCAUUAUUCUCAGAUUAGAUUGAGGAAAAAGGACAUGCUGCUUUUAAUACAUAAGCAGGACAGGAAACUCCCUUAAAGAUGUCACUCAUGGGGGUGCUGAAUAUCACUUAAGCUCAUGCAGAUAUCAUUUUGAUUAAGCCAGAGGGAUUUAGUUUAUUAGCUCAUAUUGCCUUGGAGUUUCAGAGGAAACAUAAAUGUGAUGUCUAAGAUAGCACUGUGAUGGCAAGACCCAAUUCUUCUUUUUUAUGAUAAUAAAAAAGCAGCAGAUUAUUCUCAUCAGAAUUCCUUAAACCUUGCUGAAUCUUUGGCUGAGACAGAUCUUAAAAUAUUUUCUUUUGAAAAGGCAAAGUUUAUCCAAAGGUGGUAAAAGAGGAUUUGUAUUAAGAUGCUCACACAAAGUUAAAGGGAGCUGUCACUGCUCUUGUCUACCACCAGCAGUUACAGCCCUGGAACACCAUCAGUGCAGAACCUCAGAAAAGCAGCAUCAGCCUCCAUGCAUAUAUACACAACCACUGGCUUUUCCUCUCAGGAUUUCUCAGUGCUAUGAUUAAUUAGACUACAUUUUCUUAACUACAAAGAUAGCCUGAGAGGAAUCAUUGUCUUGGAAAGCUCCAUACAAAGCAUAUCCUAAAUAAUACCAGGGUUUGUCCAUAGGCUGGGAGAUGCUUCAUGAUGGAUAAAGCCAUUCAGCAUCCCAGUGAGAUCCUGUCUAAUCAAACCAUCUCUAACAUCAGCUAUUCCCAGUUUUUGAACUUCGAUACGUGCCAGCUUUCCCUCCUUGCAGAAUGCUUGCUCAUUACAGCCUACACUUUAGUUACAAUAGUGGGGCUUUUUGGAAAUCUUUGCCUGAUUAUUAUCAUAAAGAGACGGAAAGAAGCUCAAAAUGUCACCAACGUUUUGAUUGCCAACCUCUCUUUAUCAGAUGUCUUGAUCUGUAUCCUGUGUAUCCCUGUCACAGUGGCAUACACCUUAAUGGACUACUGGGUAUUUGGGGAAGCCAUGUGCAGAAUCAGCUCCUUCAUACAAAGUGUAUCUGUCACAGUCUCCAUUUUCUCACUGGUACUAAUUGCUAUUGAGAGAUACCAGCUGAUUGUGAACCCGCGUGGCUGGAAACCGAGUAUUUCACACGCUCACUGGGGAAUCCUUUUCAUCUGGGGCUUUUCCCUCAUGAUAUCCAUUCCUUUUUUAAUAUUUCACCAAUUAACAGAUGAACCCUUCAAACAUCUAUCUUUCCAUAGUGAUUUCUACAAGAACAAGGUUGCUUGCAUCGAAGCCUGGCCAUCCGUUACCCAGAGACUCAUUUUCACCACCAGUCUGCUGGUUUUCCAGUACUGCUUCCCCCUGGGGUUUAUCUUUAUCUGCUAUCUCAGGAUCUUUGUAUGUCUUCGAAGGAGACAUGGUAAAAUAGACAGGAUGAGAGAGAACGAGAGCAGACUGAGUGAAAACAAAAGGAUUAAUAUGAUGCUGAUAUCAAUCGUGGUGACGUUUGCAGCUUGCUGGUUGCCUCUCAAUAUAUUCAAUGUUGUUUUUGACUGGAACUACGAGGCACUAAUGAGCUGUAAUCAUAAUCUAGCAUUUACAAUAUGCCACCUUGUCGCCAUGAUCUCAACAUGUAUCAAUCCCAUCUUCUAUGGGUUUCUCAACAAGAAUUUUCAGAAGGAUUUGAUAGUGUUGGCUCACCACUGCAGGUGCUCAGCCUCCCAAGAGGAGUAUGAAAAUAUUGCCCUGUCAAAUCUGCAAACUGAGGCAUCUAAGGGGUCUCUGAGAUUAAAUAAUCCCCCUGUGGAUACCUAAAAUAAUCCAAAAGCAGUUUCCAAAACUUUGUAUUUUGUUGGAGAUGACCUCUUUUUGUAGAUCUUGAUCAUGUAACUGCUGUUUUUAGAGUUGGGAUUUAUUUAUUUAUUUAAGGAGCACUAAUACAGGCUCAAUUUGAUGUACUGCAAAUCCCACUCAGAUUGCUUCUGUUCUAGAUGAAAUAUGUAUUUACUAAUUCUCCAAACAGCAUUGUACUCUACUCCAAACCACUAGUAUAGAUCAUUGCUUUCUCUGUUACCAUCAUCAUUGGUCCUUAAAACAGACCUUUUAGAAUCUCCAUUAUCAAACAAGCACACUACGAAUUCAGAGUAUAUUAUUUUUUUUUUAGCUACUUAUCCAGAUCACAGGUUUGGGUAGAAAAUUACUUGUGUAUUUUAAUUUUAGAAAUACCUUUCUCCACAUUUCUGCACUAGCAAGAGGUCACACUUGAGGCAGACAUGUUUGAAAAGAAUGUCUUCUGUGAUGCAGUGGAUAGAGGUACAGAGGUGUAGUACUUACCACAACUUCCCUCCAACUAAAACACAUGAAAAGCCUGAUCCAGUUUGGUACUAAAACACAACAGAACACAUUCUUCGUCCAUGCUAUGAUGCCACCAUAAAUCCUCAACUGAAAUUGGCCUGUUUAAAUACAAUACUUAGACCAUUUCCUCCAACAACUCACCACCUUAAAAGUAAACUUAACUUCUUUGUUCAAGUUAAAUAUAACUAAUAACUUGCAUUGCUGGAGCCUCUCUUUUUUUUUGUGAGUGCCAAAAACUAGCCUGGUUGUAACACUUGUACAUAAAACUCCAUGUAAUUUAUUCUCUAACUUUAGCAAUCUACUGAUGCCCCACUUAAGCAAAAACAAUUAACAUUCAGAUUACAAUCAGCUCCUUGAUGAUUCAGCUAUGAUGAAAUUUACCUGAAGGCUAUAAAUUCUCUUGGAUAGGGACCUUCAUCUUUUGUAAUCACAACAGUUCUGAAACGAUUCCAUCAGGCCAUAGUUUUCUGCUGCUGCUGCUGCAGCAUUAGUGCCAACUGCCU